UUCCUCAGACAAGCCCUCCCCUCCAUGCACAAUCGUACAUACACUAUACACCAAACCUAUACGUAAUCCCAAUCUUUUCUUACCUUCUCAUCAGAUCAGACCCCUCCUCUCUCUCUCUCCCUCUCUCUCUGUGUAGACUGUUGUCGGUUGUUUUCAUUCUCUCUCUCUCUCUCUCUCUCUCUCUCUCCCUCCCUCUCUCUCUGUGUAGACUGUUGUCGGUUGUUUUCAUUCUCUCUCUCUCUCUCUCUCUCGGGUUUUCAUUUCUUGUCAAUUCUUUGCUUUCAAUGCUUCACCUCUCCUCUUAAAAGCCUUUGAUCUCUUUACUGCCAAAACCCACGAGUACAAAAUCUUUUGAUAGAGACCCCACUCUUCAAUGAGAUUCUUUGAUUAAAAGCAAAAGCAAAAAAAUCGGUGCUUAUUAGGGUUUCUUGCUUCUUUAUUUUUUACCCCUUGAUGUUCUUUUUUCCUUUUUCAAAUCGGAUUCAUCACUUUGAUCCUUUCUUGUUAAAGCGGUUAUUCGUAACUUGUAGAACUUUUCCAAAAAAUCCUUUCCUUGUAACCAUCUUUAAAGCAAUCCUGUUCAAUUUUGCUUCUAGUCAUGUUGAUCUUUGAUUCUGUUGGUUCUGUGCAAAAACCCAGAUGUAACUAGUGGCAAUGGAGGAUUUACGGAGUACCCAGUGUCUGCCAAGAAUUGGAUUUCUUUGAAGGUUUGGCUCACACGCUCUGUUUCUCUUACGCGCUAUAUAUACAUUUCGACAUUUUGUUAAUUAGGGUUUGCGUACUGUGUUUGAAAAUAUGGGUUGUGUCCAUGGGAAGUGUUGCUGUGGUCAGUACCCAACAUCUUCAGAUGGUGAGAACAGGGAUGUUUCAGAAUUGGGUCCUUACACUGGCCAGGGAAAACAUAUACUUGCAAAUAGGUCAUUAGAUUGUGUUGUUGUUCCUUCCCACAACUUCCGGUUGGAGUAUUCGGUCCUCACUCAGCGAGGGCACUACCCGGAAACCCCCGAGAAAGAGAAUCAGGACAGUUUCUGUAUCAAAACCCAAAUUCAAAACAACCCAAAUGUCCAUUUCUUCGGUGUGUUUGACGGGCAUGGCCAAUUUGGUACCCAGUGUUCUAAUUUCGUUAAGAAUAGGUUAGUGGAGAUUCUAUCUAGUGACCCUACGUUGUUAGAUGACCCUCUUAAAGCUUAUCAUUCAGCAUUUUUAGCAACAAACGAGGAACUCCAUAACAGUGAGAUAGACGACACGAUGAGUGGAACAACUGCUAUUACUGUUCUUGUCAUUGGGGAUACGCUUUAUGUGGCGAAUGUGGGUGAUUCGAGGGCUGUGAUUGCAGUUAAGGAAGGGAAUCGGAUUGUUGCCGAAGAUCUCUCUCACGACCAAACGCCUUUUCGGAAAGAUGAGUGUGAGAGGGUGAAGCUUUGUGGGGCCAGGGUUUUGAGUGUUGAUCAAGUGGAGGGGCUUAAGGACCCGGGAAUACAGUCGUGGGGUGAUGAAGAGACCGAAGGUGGUGACCCGCCGAGGUUGUGGGUUCAGAAUGGGAUGUACCCUGGGACUGCAUUUACGCGGAGUGUAGGGGAUAGUACAGCGGAGAAGAUUGGUGUGGUUGCGGUUCCAGAGGUUUCAAUGGUCCAGCUUACUCCUAAUCAUCCAUUCUUUGUUGUUGCAAGUGAUGGUGUUUUCGAGUUCUUAUCAAGCCAACCUGUGGUGGAAAUGGUUGCAAGCUAUACAGAUCCUCGAGAUGCAUGUUCUGUUAUUGCUGGUGAAUCAUACAAACUGUGGUUGGAGCAGGAGAAUCGGACAGAUGAUAUAACAAUCAUCGUUGUACAGAUUAAGGGAUUGUCUAAUUCAGGUGCCAAUUCCAUAAAAGUAAGAAGUGGAGUUAAUAUCCAGCCUAAUGCAUUGAAAAUACGGAAAGGAACUCCUGAUACAUUUGUCCAUCCGGCAGCUGGGUCAGAAGUUCUCGGCUCAUUGAGAAGUGAUUUUUCUGAUCUUCAUCCUUGUCAGCACAAUGUUUCACCGGAUCAAAGCCCAGGACGGGUUGUCCCAUCUCCUGCACUCCCCUUGCCUUCAAUAGUGUAACUGGAGAUUAAAAGUUGGCUUGCGAUCAUAGAUCAUAGUGGUACACUCUUAAAUGCCGGUAACACUAACCAUUAACUGCAUAGAAUAGAGGUGAGUCAGAGGAGGAUGUUGUACAAGAUGUUAAGAGGGUCAUGGAGUUUCUGGGCAGGAAAUUUGGUGUCACUGAUAAUUGUGUAAGUGAUGUAAAUGGCUACAAUUGUAUUCCAUUGCAGGUAGGAAGAGGAGCAGAUUUCAAGAUUAGAAAUGUAAAAACUCUAGCAUCUCUACAUUUGAAUGGCAUAAUUCAUGGCAUUCCUUUCA